GACGCAAUCUGGGAAUCCUACCGCUUUGAGCUGGAGCGUCUCUAUAUCCAUGAACACCACACGUUAGGCCAAGUUAUGGAAUAUAUGGAGUCUAUGUACGGGUUCAAUGAAAAGAAGUCGCAAUACACAAAGUACCUCGACAAAUGGGGACUGCGAAAAAAUCUGUCUCUGACUGAGUCGCAAGGGACGUUCAUCGGCCGGAGAAUCGACAAGAGAAAGAGGGAAUACCAGAAAGAGAGCGAGGUGUAUAUCAACGGAGUUGAAUGGCCCCCGGCUAAGGUUCAGAAGUCACGGUACAACAAGACUUAUGUUUCAACUGUGGAUGGCCUACCCGGGGCUCCUUCCCCAAACACCCCAGAAGGGAUUGUUGUAUGCACACCUGCGACACCGGGCAUGCGACUUAUAUGGAACCCGUCCCUUCCAUGGCUGCAAUUCUCCAAGCUGCUAAAGCAUGGAGGAGACAAUGAUCCUUCGUCACCAUCCUCUACCCUAAACAUGGCGUCGCCGCAAUCACCUGGAGCUUUGGCAAUCAAAAUAAACCCAGAAUUGAUGCAGCGACUAACCGCGAUUGUUCCUUGGAAGACGCUGUCGAAUCCACCCAAUCUCAAUAGCCUUUCCCGAAUAGUGGCCGGACUCAGCAUCCUGAUGCCCGAAGAGUUCCCUGGCCAAAACCGUACCCUCGCCACAAGAUUAUGCAGCACUCUACGAACGACAACGGAGAGCCUUAACCUGGAAUUGUUUUUACUAUCCAAUAACCUCAUUGCUCAUGGCCCAGCUGGCAAAUCCGAACAAAGUAUGAACGACCAUGACAGAAAUGUUAUGAAGUUGUUCAGCAUGUCUGGCUGGAAGAACAGGAAGCAGAUUGACAUCUUACUAGCCACCCAUCAACCGACUGCAGAGGCCAUAGCAGAGAAGCUGUUUGCCAGUGCUCUUCGCCUCCGUGAUCUAGACACCGUGAGCAUGAUGCUAGAGGCUGGGAUGGACCCAGAUAGCCGCGUCGACACAUUUCACAGUGGACCUCUGACGUGCUUACAAAUUGCUGCGAACAUGGGACCUCUCGCAAUCAAGGUCGUCGAGCUCUUCCUAUCUCACGGGGCUGAUAUCGACUUAUCAUAUAACGGCUAUCCUUCCAUUUAUUAUGCAGUUAGUAGAGGGAAUCACGAGGUUUCAAGAUUAUUCCUCUCGCAUAAUGCAAUUGUCACGCCAUCUUGUCUUGCAAUCGCUGCGGUACAGUCUGACGUGAGCCUCUUCAGGCAGGUGCUAGAUCGAGCUACCGACGUGAAUGCACGAAGCGGAUGGCAGGAUCCCAGCGCCUUGGCGCAAGCAGUAUCCUAUCGAAAUCUUACGAUGGUCGAUCUUCUUGCUAGAGGGGCAGAUAUGAAUACAGCGUUGGAAAUUGAUUUUGACCAAGACGUCGGUGUGACCACAGUCCUGGGGCUUGCAGUCCGCACAAAAAGGUUGGAGAUUGUCCAGAGAAUUCUCCAGGCUUGCGUCAAUCCCAACCCCAAUCUCGACGGGCUGCCUUACGUUUCACCUCUUGCUCUAGCCGUUGAGGCCUCUGAUACGAAAAUAACCCAGAUUUUGCUUCAAGCGGGUAUUGACGUUGAGAUUGCAGAGAAGUGUUCCAAACUAUCACUUCUUGAACGUGCUCUAAAGAGGAAGAAUGUGGAAAUCAGCAGACUCCUGAUAGAUUAUGGGGCUAGGUUGCACAUGCCUCAUGCUCAUGAACAGAAGAGCUCCUCAGCUCUCCUCCUUGCCGUCCAGCACGGGUAUUACGACAUUAUCGAUAUGUUAGUUCAAGGUGGGGCACCAUUGAAUGAAUUUCACGGUGAUGCACCAGGAACUGUGCUUGCAGCAGCCAUUGAAAAAGGAGAUGUAAUCCUGAUCCUCAAGCUGGAGUCCGCCGGGGCUACAUUGGUCGGGCCAAAGCUGCGAAAAAUCGGAAACUUGGAAACCGGAACGUUCUUAGAAGCAACGGGAAUGCUGCAAAACAUCCUUGCCGAAUCUGGAGGACCGAUCUUGACACGCGCAAUUUUUGAUGAAGACCGUGAUUUGAUAAAGUGGCUGUUUGCUCAUAAUAUCAAUAUCGACGGACAUUCCACUGAGCCUGGCCCCCGGGAUUCCUCAGGAUUUCCACAGACGCCGUUGCAAGCCGCAAUCCAAACAAGAAACAUUUCCUUCGUGGAGGCGAUGAUUGCGCGUGGCACAAAGGUGAUCGACCGUGACCUUGCUGCGGUGGUGGAUGGUGGUCACAUUAGUCUGCUGCGCCGCCUUCUGACCGGUUUUCGCGGAUUGGCUCCUACUGCGAUUGGAUGUGCGAUUGUAGGUGAGCAGCAAGAAGCCUUACAACUCAUCCUUGAGGCAGGCGCAGACCCAACAGGGCCACCACAACUGUUCUACGGCGGAUGGUAUCAAGACGAUGGCCUUGACUUUGAACCCGAGGACCCGCAAUCGGUUCUUGAAAUAGCGGCACAAAAUAAUGACAGAUCCAGUCUUCGAGCUCUUGUUCAAUCUUGUAUCUGGGACAAACGACAUAUCGGUCGUGCAUUGACAAUCGCAACUGCCUUCCAGCAUACUCGGCUCAUAAAUGAUCUUUUGGAUCUGGCGGUGGAUACAAAUCAAGAGAUCAUCAUCCAUUACCCCGACAGGUUUGAUGAAUAUGAUGAAGAAAUCUCAGGGUGGGAUGAGGUUCUCACCCCUCUACAGGCGGCGGCUAAGAACCAGCUAUUGUCCACAGUUCAAUGGUUGAUUAAAAGCCCGCAUACCAAUAUUGAAUAUCUAGGUGAAGGCGUGGGUCGACGCACGGCUUUACAACAUGCAGUUAACAACGGAAACAUGGACCUGAUCAACUUACUUCUGGAUCAUGGAGCCGAUGUCAACACUGCACCAUCAGAGGAUGGCGGAGCAACCGCAUUGCAGAUUGCUGCCAUUCAAGGCUACCUAGGAAUUGCGCGCAAACUCAUCGACCUAGACGCGGAUGUCAACGCCGCUCCUGCAAGACGCAAUGGCAGAACGGCCUUAGAGGGAGCGGCAGAACACGGUCGAAUCGAUAUGCUUCGACUCUUACUUGAUGAAGGGGCAUUGCUGGUGGGCGAUCACGGUGAACGGCAAUGUCGGCGUGCCGUGGAACUGGCUGAGAAAAAUGGACAUAUAGCUGCCGCGAAACUUUUGAAAUCAUUCAAG